AUUUCUCUGGCCGUUUCGCUCAUCCAUUCGCCGCCUCUUCUCCUUCUGGACGAACCGACAGCUAAUGUCGAUCCACUCAUAAGACUCUCCAUUUGGGAUCAUCUCAACAGUCUUUGCAGAGAAGAGGGUCUAACCGUUUUAAUUACCACUCAUUACAUGGAGGAAGCGGAAGGCGCCUACACCAUAGGACUCAUGAGGAAUGGACGGCUUCUGGCCGAAGACACUCCACAAGCGCUGUUCGUUAGAUUCAAUGCAAACACUUUCGACAAAUUGUAUCUAAAGUUGUGCCAAAUUGACGACGAAUUCACUCAUUUGAAUGCAAACUGCAAUACAAUGGAGGGCUCGACACUACCGAUGGCCGAAUGGCCGCUCUGUGAGCGCCGUUUGUGUGCCAUUAAUAAUGCGAUAAUUAAUUUCAAUUUUCUGCGAUUUUUCGCCUCAAUUAAGAAGAACUUAUUUGUGAUUCGCGGAAAUCUGGCGCUCAUGUUAUUCUUCUUCAUCUUUCCUUCUCUCCAAAUGGUGCUCUUUUGUUCAUCAAUUGGUCGACAAGUGAGACAAUUACCGAUCGCCACAUAUAGUGCCCCAAAUUCGGGU